AUGCGCUGGGGAACUCUGCGGUCCCUCGCUGGGUCCGCUUUGGCGGUCCUGCUUCUCGGGCAGCUAGUCGUUGCGGAUAUUCCCAUCGAGGUCUCCUCCACUGGUAUACCCCAUCCCAACUCCUACCUAGCUCCUACCCAGCUCUACCCAGCUCUACCCAGCUCUACCCAGCUCCACCCAGCUCUUACCCAGCUCUUACCCAGCUCCUACUAUCGCGUUGCGUCCACAGUGUUGCCUCCCGAUCUUGCCGGCAAGGAGAUCGCCGCUCCGAUGAUGACGUUCUAUGCCCAGAACCAGACAGAGGGGAUCCCAGGGAAGCUCACCGAUACGUGGUACGUGGCGGGUGCUAUGUUCAUGACGUUGAUCCAGUACUGGCAAGCGUCGGGCGACGACCAGUAUAAUUCCAUCGUAUCGCAUGACCUGAUGUUCCAGGCCGGCCGGAACUACGACUUCUUCGAUUCGAACUACAGCCGGUGGCUCGGGAACGACGACCAGAUGUUCUGGGGUCUAGCAGCCAUUACCGCUUCGGAGACCGGGUUCCCUGAGAUCGAGAACAAGCCGACUUGGACGACGCUGGCUCGCGCGGUCUUUAACAUGCAGGCGAACCGCUGGGAUAUGAGCGCCUGUAAUGGAGGUAUUAACUGGCAGAUCCAUGCAUGGCAGAAAGGGAACAAGCUGCGCAACUCCAUCUCCAACGGCGGUCUCUUCCAGCUCGCAGCCCGGCUGGGCCGGUUUACCGAGAACUCGACCUAUUUUGAGUUUGCUGAGAAGAUCUGGGACUGGUCGGUGGAUUCGCCGUUGAUCACACCGGACCAGGACUGGUUCGUGGCCGAUUCGACAACCGGCCAGAGCAAUUGCACGGAAAGCGGAAAUAUGCAGUGGAGCUAUAACUACGGCUCGUAUCUCGCGGGCUGCGCUUUCAUGUACAAUGCCACCGGCGACGAAAAGUGGCUCAGAGCCACCACCGGUCUUCUUGCACGCCUCGAAACGACCUUCUUCCCCGCCGAGUACGACCACAGUGUCAUGUCCGAAGUGUCCUGCGAGAAACUCCAUACCUGCGAUCGCAACAUGCUCUGCUUCAAGGGCUGGACCGCUAUGUGGAUGGCACUUACAGCAAAUCUCGUCCCACAGACACGGGCGACCAUCGUUCCAAAGCUCCAGGGAUCGGCCGCAGCCAUCGGCCGCCAAUGCGACGGAGAAAGCGAGAACCUGUGCGGGAGCCGCUGGUAUCAGGACACCUGGGACGGGAUCAAGGGGCUGGAGGUGCAGAUGGCUGCUCUCGGCGGCAUCACGUCCAACUUGAUGCUCAUGACUGAAGCCACAGCGAAGACAAUCAAUACCAACCCCGAUGCCAAAGAGCAGCACCUUGAGACACACGAUGAUGAUCCGGCUAUCUUGCGCACUAUUACCACGGGCGACCGCGUGGGCUCGUGGAUCCUGACCGCUGCCUGGAGUAUAGGGAUAUUAUCCGCGGCGUGGUGGUUGGUUAGGCAGGAUUGA